AUGAAUCCGAUGUGUAUAUCACUUAAUGACUGUGAUCCUUAUCACUCAGAAUAUGUAGAUAUAAAAAAUUUACCUAUACCCUACACAAGUAGACGACAGUAUAAUAAACCGAAUGGAAAUCGACAAUUCAAUAAUCCUCAGCGUACAAAACAUCGAACAUCAAGUAAUUCUGUAUCACAAAGAAGACGAUUUUCCUCUGUUGAAAAUAAUAAUAAACAGUCAUUUAAUGGAACACAUCAAAUUAUACGACGUAAUCAAUCUGGAUGGUAUCAAACAGAUUAUAUUACCCGUAAUCAGUCAUUAGAGCCACGUUUACCCACAUAUGAACCUUUACUAACAUAUAGUGAAAGUGACCUACGAAUAAGAAAGCGUCGACGAAAUCGUAAAAAUCGUCAUGGAUCACGUCAUUUAUACUUAUGGCAUAAUAAUGGAAGAUUUCCUUUACCUCAGCUAUUAGCAACACCUUUAGGUUUAAUGAGACAGCUGCCUUUCUCUCGGUUACACCACGAUAGUUUCCGUAGAAUGUUUCCUACUAUGAUGACAAAAACUAUGAGAGAUCGAAAAGAACGUAUACAAGCUGCAAAAGAACUACCAUUUUCUAAAUAUUCAGAUAAUCAACUUCAAGAUUUAUUUCUAAUCAGUCAACCAUCAAAUGAAACAACUGUUAAAGAUCCAAGCACAGUUUCACCACCGAAAUGGGAUCAAAUGAAAAAGAAGCGUAUUACACAUCACAAGGAAGAUUUGCAGAAAGGAGAUAAUAUUGUGGAUAAGGUGGAAAUGAAUCUAGAUGAGAUAACUGAACCCAACAGUAUUGACUUUAGUGAGUUUCCUAAUGAAGAACAAGAAACAGAAAAAUCGAUACAUGUUAUAGAAAAGGAUGAUUCAAACCAAUUCGAUAAGUAUAAUCACAAGAAAAUUGUAACGCCAGUUUCAGAAGAGUUUCUAACAAUUUCUGAAACAGAAGACAAACAACCGUCAAGUCAUACUAAUGAGGAAGAACCUAAUAGAUCUGAGGAUAAAAAUGAAACAGAAAAUAUAUUACCGUUUGUCGAUACAGAUCAAGAAGUUAAGCAUAAUCUAGAAAAAAGCCCACUAGCAGUUAACGAUGAAAUAACACAUUCAGAGGAUUUACGAUCACAUCCAUCGAAUCAUCAAGGUGUUAAUUCUUCUGAAAACGGAGAUCACACCACAUCUGAAUCAUGGAAAACCAAUCCGUACAGUGAAUCACAAUCGAAAAAUUAUCUAGAUAAACGAAAAUUGAGUAAAUUGCACAAACCUAGUCCAGUGUUAGAACAAAGAGAUAUAAUUAGUGAUUAUUAUCCAGAACCGGAAACAGAAGUAACAGUACCACCGCCACAAGUUACAGCCAGUUUAUUUGAAUCAGCAUCAGUGGGUCAGAUGACUGGACCUUUAACAUGUAGAACCUGUGGACAACCAGCAUAUCCUGCAGAACGCUUUGAAACAGAUGGUGUAGUGUUUCAUACAGCUUGUUUCAAAUGUCAUAAUUGUGCAUGUAUGUUACAAAGAGGUACAUGGAAUCAAAGAGGUUCUAACUAUUACUGUAAUCCAUGUCAUCGUCGAAUAGCUUUACAAACAUUGAGACAUUAG